AUGAGUAGAACAACUUCAGACGCAACAACUAAAAAAGCAGCUUCAUUUGAGCCACACGAACAAUCAAUGGAUACAGAUAUGCAAAAUGGUUCUGUUGAUUUGGACAAAAUGGCUCCUGAGGAUAUGACAUCGAAAGAAUACUAUCUUGAUUCGACCGCUCAUUUCGCUGUUCAUGAAGAAUUACUGAAGGAUGAAAUUCGCACGAAAACAUUUCGUAAUGCGAUGAUCAGCAAUCGACAUUUGUUCAAAGACAAAGUCGUCUUGGAUAUUGGCUGUGGCGUGGGAAUUUUCAGUUUAUUUGCUGCCAAAGCUGGUGCUAAAAUGGUUAUUGCCGUCGAAAAAUCGAACGUAGUUGAAUACGCCAAGAAGAUCAUUCGUGCAAAUCGUUACGAUAAAGUGAUUAAAAUUGUCAAAGGUAAAAUCGAAGACAUCGAGCUACCAGAAGGAAUUCAAAAGGUGGAUGUGAUUAUCGCUGAAUGGAUGGGCUAUUCAUUAUUUUACGACUCAAUGAUUCAAAGUGUCAUUUAUGCAAGAGACAAAUAUCUCAAACCAGGUGGUGUUAUACUUCCGGAUCGCGCUACCGUCUAUAUCACUGGCAUCGAAGAUCGUGAUUAUAAGGAAGAUAAAGUUGAAUGGUGGGCAAAUGUUUAUGGUUAUAAUAUGAGCUGUUUGAAGAACUAUGUUAUGCGCGAACCAUUGAUCGAUACAGUUGACAAACGUCAAAUUUGCACCGAUCAUUUUGCACUUAAGACGUAUGAUUUGAAAACAAUGACGGCGGACGAUAUUGACAUGGAUGUGAAGUUUCAAUUACGUGCUGUACGCGAUGAUUACAUUCAUGCAUUUGUCACCUAUUUCGUAGUGGAAUUUUCUGCAUGUGCACAAAGAACGGUCAUUAAUACUGCACCCGGUGCCGGACAUACACAUUGGAAACAGACGGUUUUCUACUUUCCGGAUUAUGCAACAAUCAAACAGAAUGAAGUUUUAGAAGGAAGAUACUAUUGCAAAGUCAACCGUGAAAACACCAAAAAAAUCGAAUUUGGCAUCGAUUUCGAUUUUCAAGGUCAACUAUCAAGUUUACACAGUAACAAUCAGUAUUUUAUGAAAAGUUAA